AUGGAGGGAAAGAGACAGCUUGAGAAAAGAGACUUUGGAAAAAGGCUUUCUCUGGACAGCAGUCUUGUGGAAUAUAUGGACUCUAAUAAAUAUAUUGAGCAUCUGCUAACUCAACUCGAGGAACAACACAGAAGUCUAUGGCGGGAGAAGUUGGCUGUGGCUCGACUUCAGCGAGAAGUUGCACAAAGAACAAGGGAGGGGGCCAUGCAUGAAAAGCUGAUACAUGAACUGGAAGAGGAGAGGCACUUGCGUCUUCAAAGUGAGAAGCGGUUGCGGGAGGUGACCUUAGAGUCUGAGCGCAACCGAAUCCAGAUGCUGGGUCUGCAGAGGCAAUUCUCCAGGAUGGAAGAAACAGUCCGAAAUUUAUUGCAGAGUCAAGGAUCUCCAGAACAAAGGAAAGAAGAAACUGUUCACAUGAAGGUCUAUCAGGAGAAACUGUCAGAGGAAGAGAGAAAACACAAGGAAGCUUUGGAUGAUCUUCACGUGGUGUUAGAUGAGGAUUCGAGGAGCGAAAGCAGCAGUACAGAUGAGGGAAAAGAAAAGACCAAAUUGCUGUUAGAAAGAUUGAAAGCUCUAGAGGCAGAGAAUUCAGCAUUGGCUUUGGAAAAUGAAAAUCAAAGAGAGCAGUAUGAAAGAUGUCUUGAUGAGGUAGCCAACCAAGUUGUUCAAGCUCUGCUCACUCAAAAGGAUCUAAGGGAGGAAUGUGUAAAGUUGAAAACAAGAGUGUUUGAUUUGGAACGACAAAACCGAACACUAAGCAUCCUGUUCCAACAGCGAGUUCGACCAACUUCUGAUCUGCUUCUCCAGGAACACCAAGUGAAUGCAAAACCAGGAACCCCUGUCUUGAAAUGCCCUGGCUUGGGUGUCAUCAUCCCUGGCCCUCUGUGUACCGGAAACAGCUGCAGCAGCAGUGAACUGUCUCUUUCAAGCACCUGCAGCGAAUACUCCAGUGGCUCCUCCUACACAUGGCAUGAUGGGAAGAACCUGAGAAAGAGGCAAUCAUCACAGAACUGGGAUAAAAGACUGAGUAUUGAUUCUUCACUCCCAAGUGGCUUUGCGAGUCCUGCAGAUGAACUACCUCCAACCCGUAUCAAAGAGAGCCACAUUUUGGAAGGGUUAAGGAAGUUACAGAAGCGGAAAGUAUUACUUGAACCCCCAUCAGUGAUCACCAAAUGGGGUUAUAAAGAUUGCAUGAACUCGAAUGAAGGAAUAUAUUCUCCAGGAAUUAAGAGCAGCAGCCUCAAGGACUAUCCUCCAUGCAAUCCAGCUGGCACGAGGAGCCCCUGCAGGGAACCCCACAGGACAUUUACCUACAAUACAGAUUCUCAUGAGGAGGCUGAAGAUGAUUCCUCUUCCUUAGCACUGCUGCAAACACUUCCACACCAGGGAUCCAGGCUGCACAGCAGUAAGUUAACACACAGUGUUUCUGACAGCCUGUUUGGCUGGGAGCCACAUGGAAAACACUUUCCAGAAGCUUCAGCCUCAGUCUACCCCAGGGAAAGACCUGAAAGACUGGCUCGUUGUGCUAGCCACUGUCUUUUGGAACAGAAGCUGCACCCAGGUGGGCAGGUACCUUGGGUGCAAAGGGAGUCACCCAGUCAAGGCCAGGACCACACUACAGUCAAUCUCCAGCUUUCAGACACUGAUGACAAUGAACCCCCAGAUGAGCUGCACAUAGAGAGCAGCGAUGAGAGAAGCCCAUCAGACCUAUCGUUGACUGCUGACACUGACAAGUCCAUGGAGAACCUUGACAUCCUCGUGGGCUUUGGAAAAUCGGAAUGUGGGUUUCCUGAUGAGGAGGAAAAGGAAGUACCCAACCAUUCAGAGAUGAGGCCACAGACAUUUAGUUUCAUUAAGCAACAAAGGGUGGUGAAAAGGACUUCUUCAGAGGAAUGCAUUACUGUGAUAUUUGAUGCAGAAAAUGGUGAGCCUGUUGAAUUUAGCUCACACCAGACUGGAGUUGUCACUGUCACCAGGGAUGAAAUUUCUAUCAACACAGCCUCUGCUGGAUCCAAGGCAGAACACACUGAACUCUUACCUCAGGGAAUAGCUCUUUUACAGCCAGGAGCUGCUGUUAGAGAUUAUCCCUUCUUGAGGAGACCUGAGGAGGAAAUGGAGAGAAACAUUCCAAAAUCUGAGGUGGGCCAUGUUCCUGUAGUGUCCAUGGACUCUUUCCAUCCUAGGACAGCCACUCCAAGCACCUGUCAGCAGAAACUGGCCAAUUCAACACACAGUAUGUCAUGCAAGAGCAUUUCUAGGUCUUUGGUGCCUGUGGGUAUCUGUCAAAAGCAAAGUCAGACCAAACUCCCUGCCAGGGGCAAGUCUUCACCUCAGAAAUCAAGAAUAAUAGAGGCUGAAACCUCCACACUUGUUCCUUCCUCUGGCCCAGUGAAUCUUGAGAAAUCACCAGGCAUUCCUACAGGAAAACUCUCAAGAUUCGUGAAGACAGAGAACCCAGGACCCCUCUGUGGCAUAAGAGCAGAUCCACACAUUCCAAAACACCCUGCCCACCCUCCUCAUAGCUCCAAAAUACCAAGCAAGAGGGAGUGGGUCUAUUGCCCUAAGAGUCAGACUCCAGGGUCACAAUCAAGGCCCUUCAUAGAACCUGAAGACAGUGGAGAACCCCCCACAAGGGACAGACACAGUGACUUUGGAUCAGAUGCUGGGAUGAACCCUACCCCCCUACCAUCACCUCCAGACAGAUCAGUCUCUCUGUUACUCAAGCCCAGUCAUGACUGUCGGCCAUCACCCUUAUCUGCCAAGUCUGAAACCAGGGUCCCCAAUGCCACAGCAAGGACAGGAUUUAGCUCCCCAUUCCUGAAAGGAUCCUCUGCCCCUGCUAUUUCUUCUAGUAACACCAUGACAGAAGCACUGAGGAGGAAACCUUCCAUGGCCUUUAAAAAGCCUAUUUCCACUCAGCCUCUGCCCCCUCUGGAAGCCAUGAUUCACACCAGAUGUCCUGCUCAUACACCCUCGGGUUCAUUUGCCAUGAUGGCCCCCGGACCUCCAAAGGUCUCUCCCAAAAGAAGUAUCCCCCAAACAUCUCCUUCCCAAACACCUGAGACCAUACACACAGACACAGGGUUCCAGACACCCAAGACUUGUUCUUCAACUCAUGAGCCUCUGGAGACACCAUCCUCCAAAAGUGCUUCUCCAGGAAGAAAAGGACAGUUGGGUGACAGUGCCCCGACAUGCCCCAAGCCUCCCUCCUCAGGGGGUAAUGAGUCACCAUCAUCUCAGGUGAACAGUCCCUCCUUUUGCUCCUCCUCUCCCUCCUCUUCCAAAAGCCAUAAUACCCCACCUGGUUGUCAGAACACUCAUGAAAAAGGACUGAAAACUCGCCUUCCGGUAGGACUCAAAGUUCUCAUGAGAUCCCCACAGUUGCUCAGGAAAAGUUCCACAGUGCCAGGGAAGCAAGAGAAGGACAGUUUAAACGAGGCCUCGAAGAGUUCUGUGGUCGCCAGCAAGUUGAAGCCCAAGGACUGCAGGAGUCCCACAGAACUGGAGACCUCAGGCAGGGAAAGGCACACAGCCAUACUGGGUUUACAGGUGCCAGACAGUGCAGCCGAAGGGCUGCUCCUGGAAACAACUCAGCUCGAGCCCUUGGAUGGUAGCAUCCUCGGGGCUGAAGGGAGAGAGAGGAUGGAAAACCGACCAGUGAAAAGAUCUCUCUCUUCAAGCAAACCUCACCUAAAGCCAGCUCUGGGCAUGAAUGGUGCCAAAGCCCGGAGCCAGAGCUUCAGCAUCCACUCAGGAGACAAACCUUCCACACCUCCCAUGGAAGGGCCAGGCAAAAUCCGGACUCAGAUUAUUACCAACACUGCGGAGAGGGGCAACUCUCUGACCCGUCAGAACACCUCCACGGAGGGCUCCCCCAACAAGAGCCCUUCUGCCCCGGCCCAGGAGAGCCUCCCUGGCUCUGGAAGGGCCCCUAAGCACCCUUUCUCUAGGCAGGCCUCCCUGGGGAGCAUGAGCAGCUCAAGCAGCCAGCAAGGAAGCCCCAGCAAGUUGCCUUUGAGGAUUCACCCAAAGAGUGAAGGGCUCCUUGCCCUGCCUGGAACGGAAGAACAGCAGGCCUGUGUUCAGGAACAAAAUCCCCAGGUGGGUGUACCUGAGGAGCAAAGCAAUGAGCACUGCAGGUGCCCAACCACCACAACAGACUGCCCUGGAGCCCUGCAGGCCUUAGGGAAGAUGCAGCAUCCAAGCGAUUUGGAAACAAGCAGGCUGGACAAGUUGGAAACUUCUGGAAGGCAUCCAGAUGGCCCUACUACUGGAACUGGUGCUGUGAGCCCAGAGGCCCCCCUCUCACCCACAAUCGAAGAAAAAGUCAUGUUGUGCAUUCAGGAAAAUGUGGAAAAGGGCCAAGUGCAAACAAAGUCCACAUCUGUAGAAGCCAAACCAAAGGCCGGGCCUUCUUUUGCUAGCUGGUUUGGGUUUCGGAAGAGUAGACUUCCAGCUCUCAGUAGCAGGAAGAUGGAUGUUUCUAAAACCAAAGUAGAAAAGAAAGAUACAAAAGGCUUGGGGUUUGGAAACAAACAACUAAAAUCAGACAGAAAAAAAGACCGAAAGAAGCCUGAACUCCCAUGUGAGACAGAAAAUGAGCUUCACAGAGACACUAAGUCAGCAGAAAGUCCAGACAGUGGUUUCCAAAGCAAGAAGAAUCUGAAAACCUCACAAGACAGUUACACCCCAGUGAAGUUUGAACAGAGAAAUAGACCCAGCCCUGUUUCAGGUUCAACAAAAGAUACCUUUAUGACGGAACUUUUGAACAGAGUUGAUAAGAAAGGAGCUCAACCGACAGAAAGUGGAUCAAAUAAUGCUUCCUGCAGGAGCAUGCUAAAGGGCACUUCCCAGGACUCCUGUCUCACUGGCAGCUCUGGCAGCACCCAAGGAAGCCACAAGAAAAACUUCAGAAUCAAAGCUGAUAUGGAAACACCAAGAGAUUCCCUGAUAAAAGAGGCAAAUGAAAACUUGCCAGAGGAUGAAGAAGACACUAUUGCAGAUUCUUCCUUUCAGAGCCAUAUCAUAGAAUCAAACUGCCAGAUGAGAACAUUAGACAGUGGGAUUGGAACCUUCCCACUCCCAGACUCUGCAAAUCGCUCAACAGGAAGAUACACGUGCCAGCCAGAGUCCUCCGAGGACAGCGAGCCCCUCCUGUCUCUCCAGCCAACCUCAUCUCAUGUCAGAGCCCAAACCCUUGAACGAGAAGUGCCUUCCUCCACAGUCAGCCAGCACUCUGCAGAGAUCACCAUCGUUCAUUCCACAUCGGACCCCAUCAUGACUGCCAGAGGAAUUCGACCUCCUCAAAGUCGUCUUCCCAAACCAGCCUCCUCAGGAAAAACCUAUUUCCAAAAGGAGAGCGAGGUGGCGUCCAGCCCUCAGACUUGCUCAUCAUUCAAAUAUGCAGAAGAGCUGAGGGCCAACGAGCCCUCUCCAGACUGGGAGAGGGAAGAUGCUUCCACUGAGACCCAGAAAUUGAAAACAGUUGAAGAAACAAAAGAAGAUCCUGAAGAUAGAUUAUCUAAAAUUUCCCUGGAGUCAUUCAAUAAAUUCAACAGCACUACUGUGAUUCUAUUAGAAAAAGAGAACUCUCUGAACAAGGCUGAAGGAGAAAAAGAAGAAAAAGAAAAAAAUGAAGAAGCAUCUCUGAGUAGCUCAGAUAGGCCUGGAGUCGAUAAUUUGGAAUCCUUGAGUGAUUCUUUAUAUGAUAGCUUCUCUUCUUGUGCAAGUCAAGGUUCAAAUGAUGUGUAAAGAACUUUGCUGCUUAGUGAGACCUGGGAAGAGUACACUUAAAAAAAAUAAAGCAAUGAUAAGGAUGUAGAAAGGAUAAACAUUAAUGUACAAAUGCCAGUCAAGUUCACAGUAGGUAAUGUACUACCGCUUAUUCCUUUGACAGGGCAAUAAAAACUAACUCCAGCUGGGUUGC